AUGACGCCCGCUCCGACUGCGUCGACAGCAGAUGGAAGAGAGCACACCAACGAUGCACCGCCUCGUGCGUCAACAUCCACAUUCGCACCCGCAUCCGCAUCGGGCUCAUCUUCCGCCCUCCCAGCACAUCCCACGCUUGCACCCCCUCUCCCAGGUAUCAUACCACCCGGUACUCGCUUUACGCAAUCCUUGCACGAACAUUUGAUCUACUUGGACAGGCAGAGCAAUACGUGGAGGUGCGAAGCGGGCGAGGAGAAUGCUAGGCAAGGAAUACUCGAGCUGGAAUGGAGGAGCGCUACGGUACUCCCCUCCGCGGGCUCCUCCUCCUCCUCCUCUGUUUCCGCAUCCGAAAGGCAAGAGGAACAGAGCGAUGAGUUGUCGACAACGAGUCGCAGAGAGGGUCACGGGAGAUGGGUGCCUGUACUGGAUGAGGAGGUGCUGAGGCAACAACAAGCGGCGUAUGGAGUUGCGGGCGUCGAUGAGGAGGUGAGCGGCUGGGCUGGGCUGGGCCGUUCAAGGUCUAGCCCUGGCGAGAUGGGAAGAAAGUAAUGCUCAGCUUACAGUCUCUUGGGCAUCAUCCUACGCUAUGCUAUUCGCAGACGCCAGCUGCACCCAUCGCGCGACGCUUGGCGAAACGCGGUGCCAAUGCGGAUCAAGGCGAUGCAGCCGAUGGAGAAUCGUCGCGAGUUGGCAAAGCUCGCAAGGUAGGGGAAGCGAAAGGGAAAGGGAAAGCGCAAGCGAAGGCGCCGCGCGCAGUGACCGCCGUGUACGUCACGGGUCUACCUCUCGACACGAGCGUUUCGGAGAUUGCUCAAGUGUUUGGCAGGUACGGCGUGCUUUCGGAGGACAAUGAAGGGAAUGCGAGGAUCAAACUGUACACUACGGAUCAAGGCGCACAAAAGGGCGAAGCGCUGGUCAGCUAUUUCAAAGCCGAGAGCGUAGAGUUGGCCAUUCGGGUGCUGGACGAGAGCUGUCUUCGUGCAGCGCAAGGAAAGACGAGCCCAGUGAUGAGCGUGCAAAAGGCAGAAUUUGGUAAUGCGGAGGUGAGCGGAACAGCAGGGGAGGCAGGUGUUGCUGCCGCUGCUGCUGCUGCUGCUGCUGCUGCGAAGGAAGAAGCCUCAACAGACAAGCCUGCCAAGAAGCCUGUGCGGUCCGAAGCGGAGAAGAAGCAAGCGGCGAAACGAUACGCCAAACUCAAUGGGUGAGUAGUGGUGGGCUAGGGUUGCACACGGUAGCGGGACUGUGCGACGACUUGCUGAUGCAAGCCGACGAUUUCUUGCCGACUCUUUCUGCUCCCUCGACACUGAAAUCCCCAGCAAACUCACGGAUUGGGAUUCUGAUGAGGACGAUUUUGGACCAAAAGGAGCUCAAGAAAGGCCAAGCGGUGCAAGUUCAUCAACUCAAAGUCGCAUCGUCAUUCUCUUGCGCAUGUUUACGCUGGCCGAGUUGGACGAGGAUCCGACGUUGCUGUUGGAUCUGAAGGAAGAUGUUAGGGAAGAGUGCGAGACGAUCGGCAAGGUCACCAAUUGCGUGCUGUACGAUGUGAGUGAGGCAGAAGGGUGCAUGAGGCUUGCAAAUAUAGCCCUAGAUUCCCGUCGCACCGUGCUUACUUUCUUCACUUGCUGCUGCCCUCGCAGAAAGAGCCUGAAGGCAUCAUGAGCGUCAAAUUUGCGACGCCAGCAGCCGCGGUAGCAUGCGUACAGGUGUGUAUAACCCAAAAAGGGGGACUUUAACGAGGCCCGCUGCAAAAUCUGCCUCGCUCACACAUGCAACCCCUCGACACCCCUUUCUACACGGGCGGGCAGAAGAUGGACGGCCGAUUCUUUAGCGGUCGCACAGUCAUUGCCUACUUGGCCGAUUCCAAGCCUAAAUUCCGCAGAUCGGGAGUUGGAGAGGGUAGCGAUGAGGAGGAGGAGGAGGAGGGAAGACGUGCGGAUGCGUUUGGAGAGUGGUUGGAUCAGGGAGGUGGAUGA